AGGAUCCACUAACUGUCUAACGUCGCCUCCACAUGGUUUUUCUGUCAUCACCGAACAUGUGGUCGUUUUAAAUGUGCUCAGAUUCAGACACUUUGAUGGAGUUUGUUCUUUUCUGCCUUUAACAGAACAGACACGGAGAUGGAGGUCGAGGCUGUUGACGAUCGUCGGGGGAGUUUUAGACAUGAAUCCUGACUUUGAGGUCGACUGAGAGGAGCAGGUGUUGAGGACGCCAUGGCCGUGCUGACGGUGACCUGCAGCCUGAUUGGCUGGCUGUGCCUCUACCUGUUGUUCCGCUGCACCUUCGCUCAGCGGGGGCCCGAGUGGAGCUGUCGUCUGGUCACUUUGACCCACGGGGUCGUCAUCGUGCUGCUGACGGCGUACGUGGUCUUCAUAGAUGGACCCUGGCCCUUCACACACGCAGGUACGGAGAACACUGAGCUCCAGAUCUUCGCCCUGUCCGUCUGCCUCGGCUACUUCUUCUUCGACAUCGGCUGGUGCGUGUUCCACGGCACGGAGGGCCCCCUCAUGCUGGCCCACCACGCCGCCAGCAUCCUGGGCAUCCUGCUGGCCCUGCUCAUGGGGGUGUCGGCCUGCGAAACCUGCACCGUGGUCUUCGGCAGCGAGAUCACCAAUCCGCUGCUGCAGAGCCGCUGGUUCCUCCGGCGGCUGGGCCUGUACGACAGCCUGCUGGGCGACGCCGUGGACCUGCUUUUCAUUUUACUGUUCGCCACCGUGCGCGUGGGGGUCGGCACGGUGUUGUUUUACUGUGAGCUCACGUCCCCCAGGACCUCGCUGGUGAUGAAGCUGGGCGGCGUGGUCAUGUAUGGUCUGGCCUGGGUGUUCAUGGUGGACAUCGCCAGAUUUGGCUUCAAGAAAAGCAGAACCAAGUAUAAAAGGUGGAAAGAGAAUCACAAGCUCAAAGAAAUCAACACAGAGAAAGUGGACGGGUACGAGCGACUGAAGGCAUGAAGUUCUUCAAAAUGUGUGAGAUGUAUCUGAUACACAGGCCUCUGCAGCUUUAAAGGUGCUAAAUACUUAAUAAGCAGCAUUUAUUACGAACCAGAAACUUCAAUACAGUUACACUGAACAUGAUUUUGUAGUCAGGGUUUUCAAAAUCACUGCAAAUGAACAGGCUGCUUCUGGAUUUCUAAAAGUCUCGUUACCCCCACAUCACUGCAGAUACUGUAUGAGUUUUGACAGAGGAAAGUUAUCUAUUUAGAAGUGAUUUAAUUAUGACUUCCAUAAAGUUCAACUUGAGGUAUUACUCUUAUUCCCUGUAGCAGAGCUUCCUAAACUUCAGAGGCCCACAUCCGGAACCAUUAGCAGGACUGUAACAGAACACUUGAAUAAUCAAAAUUAAUCAUGAAAAUAAAUAACUUUGCUUAACAUUUUCUAUUAAAAAAGAAAUAAACCCAAAUAUUAGAUCAUACUUUAUCAGACAUAUUUUAACGUCUUUUCAUUUAGGUUUUUUUCCCCCCAGGCUACAUAUUUUGAUGAAAUUGCUAAAUGGAAUAUUUUUUACAUCCCAGUCUGAGGUGCACGUGCAAUAACUCCAAGGUCCAACAAUUAUCUAUCAUCUGUAGUUCACAUUUCUCAUAUGCAACUUAACGGUGCUAUAGUUUCUUUCAGUGAACGAGUAACACAAGUUUUCCAUCAGCAGAGAUAAACCUGACUCGUUAUUUAUUUAGACUCUAUUCAGGUGUUUUUGGUGUGUGUUGCAUCACAUGUGCUGCAGCAGGAGUUUCUGAAUUUGUGAUUCCUAACGUGGGAGUUGUGCAAAUGUAAUGAAGAAUUUGAGAAAGUGUAACUGUU